AUGGCUAAACCGAAAAUCGGAGACAAUGAAAGACCUACGACGUCGCAAGCAGCGGCAGCGGCCAGUGAAAUUGCCAAGAGACAUCUUAUAGUGGCACUCACUGACCGUAGUGACAAGCUGGGUCAAAUGUCGCAGGAACGGUGGAAGGUAGUGGAAAUGAAGCUACUGCAAACUCUAUUUACGAAACUUGACGCAGAGCCGAUCGCACCCAUGCCAGCAUUUGACGGAACAGGAUGGUUCAGCGGCGUCAAAAUUAUUAAAUGUAAGGAUGGCCCCACGCUUACAUGGCUAAAGGAAGCAGUAAAAACGCUACACGGCCUGUGGAAGGGGGAAUCAUUUGAAAUUGUAGAUCGCAGCUGUAUUCCCUCAAUACCGAAGGCAAAGGUUUUCAUUCCGCGAGUGGUAAAACCGGAAAAUGCACUGCGACUGCUGCAAAGACGACAAAAAUAA